AUGUCGCGCAUGUCCGAGGCCGUUCCCCCUCAAGCAUGGUUCGGCGUCUCGGCCGUUUUCCACUAUCUUGGCCCGGCUUUCGCGGUUCUGCUCUUUCCGGUCGUUGGUGUGCUUGGCGUUGCCUGGUUCCGCAUCGCGUCAGCCGCACUGGUUUUCGCACCGAUCACGAAGCCCUGGCGCACGUUCAAGGAAUCGUCUCCCCGCGAGCGCCUGCUUCUACUCGCGCUUGGGGGCUGUCUUGCCGUGAUGAACAGUUCCUUCUACUUGGCGCUCGACCGGCUGCCGAUCUCGCUGGUCGCCGCCAUCGAGUUCGUCGGCACCAUCGGGAUUGCCCUGUGGGGCCUCCGCACCGGGCGCAACUAUCUGGCCUUCGCCUUCGCCAUCAUCGGUGUGGCCCUCCUUAUCGACGUGCCGUCGCUCUUGGCUGCCGAUGGACCUGCCCUAACGUCUGACCUUCUGGGGCUGUUCUGGGCGGUGCUGAACGGGUCCCUGUUCGUCCUCUACAUCAUCCUUGGCCACAAGAUUUCCGAAGGUGGUGCCUCGGGCGGUGUGGAGCGUCUCGGCGCUGCCAUGACAGCGGCAUUCAUCUUCGUGAUGCCCAUCGGCUUCCUGCAAGCUCUCGACGCCUUCGGUGCGCCACUUCUGGUUCUGGCGGGGAUUGCCGUAGGCAUCUGUUCUUCAGUCAUCCCCUAUGUCUGCGAUCAACUCGCGAUGGCCCGUCUGCCUCGCGCCAGCUUCGCGUUCCUGCUCGCUCUUCUUCCUGCGACCGCCACAAUCAUCGGCGUCAUCGUCCUUCGUCAGAUUCCGAGCGCCGUGGAUGUCCUGGGCGUGGUCCUCGUCAUGAUCGGGGUGGCCGUCCACAAGCCCGCACCGUUGCCGGUCCCGGCGGCGAACGGUGACUGA